CCUGGCUGCGAGGAGGCAGCCCCGGCGAGCUGCUGUGCGCCCCGUCCAGAGUAACUGGGUGCGGGGUACAGCGUACUGACAGUGCGUUUGCUCACAGUUCCCGCUGCCCGGACUUCGCUUUCCAGCCCCGGCUUCUCGUGGGCAUCAUGUCAAGAGCCAUCGCCGCUGCAACCGCCGCCGCCACCCGAGGAAGAGCCGCAGCCUCGGCAGCCACGCGCGCACGAGGGCAAUAAACCGAAUCACUUCGGGCUCAAAGUGGCAGGGGACCGUCGCGGUGCUCUCUGUUCCGGCGGGACUCGUGCCAUGUGCUGAGCCAUGCCCCUGGCCGCGCCCGCGGGCCGCGUAUGGGGCAGCGCCUGAGCGGCGGCCGGUCCUGCCUCGAUGUCCCGGGCCGGUUCCUGCCGCAGCCGCCGCCGCCCCCGCCGCCGGUGAGGAGGAAGCUCGCGCUGCUCUUCGCCAUGCUUUGCAUCUGGCUGUACAUGUUCCUGUACUCGUGCGCCGGCUCUUGUACCGCCGCUCCGGGCCUGCUGCUCUUGGGCUCCGGGUCCCGCGCCACUCACGCUCAACCAGCCCUGAUCACAGCUCCGAAUGAGACAUCCCCUAAGAUGCCCUUCCGGGCACCUCCGGCCAACUCACUGGUUGCAGGCAAGGAUAAGACAGUAGGCGCCGGGAGCCAGGAGGAGCAGAGUCCAGAGGCGCCGGACUCCCCCAGUCCCAUCUCGAGCUUCUUCAGCGGUGCUGGGAGCAAGCAGCUGCCGCAGGCCAUCAUCAUCGGCGUGAAGAAGGGCGGCACGCGGGCGCUGCUGGAGUUUCUGCGCGUGCACCCCGACGUGCGCGCCGUGGGCGCCGAGCCCCACUUUUUCGACCGCAGCUACCACAAAGGUCUUGCCUGGUACCGGGACCUGAUGCCCAGAACCCUUGAGGGACAGAUCACCAUGGAGAAGACGCCCAGCUACUUUGUGACCCGGGAAGCACCCGCACGCAUCUCAGCCAUGUCCAAGGACACCAAGCUCAUCGUGGUGGUGCGCGACCCGGUGACCAGGGCCAUCUCGGACUACACGCAGACGCUGUCCAAGCGGCCGGACAUCCCCAGCUUCGAGAGCCUGACGUUCCGCAACCGCAGCGCGGGCCUCAUAGACACGUCCUGGAGCGCCAUCCAGAUCGGUCUGUACGCCAAGCACCUGGAGCCCUGGCUGCGCCACUUCCCGCUCGGCCAGAUGCUCUUCGUGAGCGGGGAGCGCCUGGUCAGCGACCCGGCCGGGGAGCUGCGCCGCGUGCAGGAUUUCCUGGGCCUCAAGCGCAUCAUCACCGACAAGCACUUCUACUUCAACCAGACCAAGGGCUUCCCGUGCCUCAAGAAGGCGGAGGGCAGCGGCAAGCCGCACUGCCUGGGCAAGACUAAGGGCCGCGCGCACCCCACCAUCGCGCGCGAGGUGCUGCGGCAGCUGCGUGACUUUUACCGGCCCUUCAACCGCAAAUUUUACCAGAUGACCGGCCGCGACUUCGGCUGGGACUGAGUCUCCCCUCGCAGCCUAUCUAUUGAGAGAGAGUAUAUGUAUGUAAAAUGUACAGAAAUCUAUUUUAUAAUAAUUUAUUUUUAAUUCACGAGCAA